CUUGACAGACUUCUCGUGCCCUCUAUAUAAUAAUGGGGGUUUGAUAUGUGUUAUUCACAUAAACUACUACUCCGUUGCUCUUGCUUUCCGCCAUGAUGGCUCAGGCAGAUAUUCCGUCAGACCUUACCGAAGAUGACAAAGCUUACAUGUUUCAAUAUCUCGACGCCACUCUGAACUCCGGAGUCUUCUUCGCGCUAUUGUAUGGUUUAUACACUGGUAUUCUUGCAAUUACAUUGUGGAAUAUAUUCAUCAACAAAUAUUGGCCGAUCCGACGAGCCAUGGUCGCCGUUAUCAUGCUUCUCCAUGCCCUGAUUACUAUCAAUCUUGCUGCCAAGUGGUCGUCUAUAUGCUCUGCAUUCAUCGAUAAUGGGCAAAGUUUUUGGACCGUAUUUUCAAACCUUGGUCGUGUGGCCCAGCCAGUCUCCUGGGAGAUGGGUAUCACAGGUUCCAUAAGCACCAUUCUCACAGAUUUAUAUAUGAUUUGGUAUUGCUGGAUGGUUUGGGGAAGACGCUGGUCCGUUGUUCUGCUUCCGAUAUUUUUGCUAGUUUCCGCGAUCGGAUCCAAAAUCAUGGAAAUAUAUUAUGAAUACUUCAAUGUGUUCGGAUCCAUGGACGUAUUCCUUGUGCUCUAUAUAUCCUUCACCCUGGCGACGACAUUGUCAUGCACCUUGCUUAUCAUUUACCGCAUCGUUACUGUCGCUGGCGUUAGGCGUGGAGCAGAUGGCAGACUGAGAGUUUAUCGCCGUUUCAUUGAAGUUCUUGUCGAAUCCUCAACUUUCUAUUCAAUAUCUCUGAUCUUAUUUUUGGCUUUCUCCAUCCGUGACAGUUGGGAACUGUACUACUUUGAUGUCAUAGCUGGUAUCGCGAAGGGAAUUGCUCCAACGCUUCUCGUAGGACGCAUCACGGCCGGACAUCGGGCCCACCCAGACGAUUCCUGGCAAGGAAGCGUGAUCGCGUCAGGCUCGAUUAGGUCUCAGUUGCAAGGUCGCAAUCGGACGAGCUUCCAGCACGACCUGACGAGUUCAAUGUUUGAUGGUGACCUCGAGGCCCAGCGUGAGAUUUCUGUCAGGGAACCUUUUCCAUCAAGCCGCUCUGUCUCUGUUGCGGUCAAUCACGACCACCCAAACACUGACGUCUUUCUGGAGAGCAUAACGUCCUCGCCCCAUCUCGGGAACCACUCACUCCUUCAAGACAGUUUACCCCCUUCUGAAGAUGCCAUCUGUAAUUCUACCAUCGUUGACGGAACGGUAGUUCCGAGUCGAGGAAGAUCUAGCCUCGAAUGAACAUAGUACGCAAUAUCCCAUUUACUCUUUACCUACGACGGACUUGAAGCUUGAAGUCUCCAAACCCUUGUAACAUCGCGUUGUUUUUGUUGUGUUUUAAAUAAGUCAUACAAAUUAUAACGGACUAAUAAACAUGAGCUCACCCUCUACACAACAACGUCGAUCCUCA